AUGGCGUCGACGUCAAUUGCUGCGAUGUCGACAGAGGAAGUCGAUGAGCAACGACGUCAGCUGGAUCGUAUCGAACAAGAACGGACAGAUCGCGAGUUGGCCCAGAGGCUUUAUCAGGAACAAUUCGAAACACCUCCUGGUUCACCGCAAAAUCAACCAUCGACCAGCCAUUAUCGCCUUCCUACACCACCAAUACCUUCAAAUUCUAGAAGAAGACAAGUUGGAUCAAACCAACAGCCACGAGCAAUGAAUCCGUCACGGAGGACUCCGACGUCAUCGGCUGAUCGUCCGGCCAGAAGAACAACGUCAAGAGGAGGAAGAGCAUCAAGGGGAGAGCGUGGUGGUGCACGAAGAGGAUCUACUUCUGCAGCUACAACUUCAACCAGAAGAGGGACCACUACUCGACAACGCGGAACAUCAAAUCGAGGAGCUGCAACUCCGGCUAGAGGACGCCGUGGAAGACCGAGAACGGCCACUGCGAACAGACCACAAUUGCGGUUUAAUGGAGAUCAACUUGAGUUGCAGAAUGGGGGUCAACUGAUAAACGUCACUGGUCAAGCAUGGAUGCCAGAUUCUGAUGAAGACAGUGAUUUCGAAAUCGGUGAUGACGUCGAUGAUGAAAUCGAGGAUGAGGUCGAUGAUAGAAUGGAUGGGGUCGAGGAGGAAGAAGAUAGUGAUAUUGAGAUCAUAGGAACAAUAGAACCAGAGGAUCGAAGAAGAAGAAGAAAUCAGCCAGCGAGUUCUGCAACCGCUCGAAGAAGAGCAAAUCAACCCACAAGUUCUGCUACGGCGCGAAGAAGACAAAAUCAGCCUUCCACGUCUUCUGCGGUUCGGAGAGUAGUAAAUCAGCCUGCUGCAGCUCGAAGAAGAGUGAAUCAGCCCGCGAUUUCUGCCGACUACAUUCGCAGUUUAUUGAAUCCGAACCUCAUGAGAGAUGACCCACGAACAGAUCCUCUUUACCGUGCCGGAAGAGUAGUUCCACCAAAUGACGAUGAAGAGGAAAGGGAUUGGAGUGAUCUCGAAGACGUCAUGGGAGAUUUGGACGAUGAAGACGGCUUGAGCUUAAGUGACGACGACGACGACGACGACCUGGUGGUGGAUGGUCCUAUCCGAGUCGCACGAAACAACAUUGCUCAGCCUAUAUUCCAAGAAGAUGCCGGAUUUUACAACCGAGAACUCGACCUUUGGCAUAAUGACGACGAAUUUCGAGUGCCACCAGCAAACAUUCCGAAGCAGAAAAACGGAAAACCCGUUGAACCUGAUCCAACAUGGGGUGAUUGCACAUUGUGUUCGAAUCCACCAAUCAAACCUCAAGGAUGUAGAAAAUGCCUACAAUUUCUGGGAUGUGCCCACUGUGUACGUCGCUGGCAUGGUGCUCGGGCUAGUAGUUACGAAAGACCAAAUUGUCCAUUAUGUCGUGCUGAAUGGAGCUGUCAUGCAUCUGGCACUUCAAUGAUGGCAACUAUCGAAAAGAAUCGUCUGAAAAAGAAGGAAAAGGAGAAGAAGAAGGCUGCAUCGACUUCUACCGCCGGUACUUCUACGUCUUCUGUGUAA